UUAGGAUCCCGCGGGCGGCGGCUGAGGCCACAGGUGCCGCGCAGGGCACCGUGUCCCAGCUCUAGGCAUCAAAACUCCGUCCCUGAGAACUGAGAUUUGUGAACCGCUUCCAACCCUGGACACCGAGGCCCCCAGGCCCGGGACGGAGCCCUGGGGUCGUCCCCAGAGAGGGGCCCGAGCCCCCAGGGUCAGACAGCGAAGUCCCGGGUACUGGCACAGGGGGCACCGAGGUCCCGGGGCCAGGCGAAGAGGUCCUCGUACCCUCCACUGAGCAACGCGCAGAGACCCUCGAGCAAGAUAGCAUAGUCCUUGGACCAUCUACCGGGCAGGGCGCAGAGUGCCCCCGGACUGUCCGAGCCUGGGGUCUUUGAGAGUCCUGGGCCAGGCAGUGACGACUCUGCGCCAUCUGAAACGCGAAGCGCGGGGGUCCUGAGACAGUGUCCUUCUCUGGGUACCAAGACCUCCUCUUCAGUCGCUGGGCUGCCUUUUUCUUUGUGCCCUGAGACAACAGAACAUCUCCGAGAGGAGUCGCUCAUGGAGACGCCCAUUGAGCGCGAAAUCCGCCGCAGCUGCGAACGUGAGGAAAGCCUGCGCCGGAGCCGGGGACUGAGCCCCGGCCGCGCGAGCCGAGAACUCGUCGUGCUGCGCGUGCGACCCGUGCUCACCCUGCCUGGCCCGGGUCCCGCGCUCCCGCGCGCUUUGGAGCGCGCGCGCGCGGGCGCGCAAAUGCAGCGAGACAUCGAGAGGGAGGCCCACCGGCAGGCGGCGCUGGCGCGCCCCGCUGUCCCGGAACAGCAGCCGCAGCCGCAGCCGCAGCGGCUGGGCCAGCUCAAGCGCUUCUUCGAGGCCGCUGGCUGGUGUGGCGCUGGUCCGCAGCUGCUGCCAGAGGCAGAAGGCCGGCCUCGCUUAGCAGUGCAGGGUCGGUACCCGGUGCUGGCCCGGGCCCCGCCGCCCAUUGCGCCGUCACUACUGGAGCAGGAGGUUCGUGAGGUGCAGGAGCGCGAACUGGAGCUGCAGCGCCAGCGGCUCAGCGUCUAUGGCACCGCCGAAUUCAAGGAGCCGGCUCCGAGCCUCACGGCGAGCAGGGGCGACGGAAAGCUGGCGGUGAUCUGGCCUCCCCGCAGAAAGGCCGCGGAGAACGGCCUGGAGCAGGAUGAGUGGAAGCCUUGAGAUUCGAGCAGGCCGUGUCCCUGACCUGAAUGAAUGUGCCGUUCAGAGGACACAGGCAAGGGCGCUCAGGAGCACCCUCUGGACGGGACUGGAGAAGGGCCAGAGGUCUGCGCCAGGGAAGAUGAAAUCGACCAUCCUUGAAUCUGAUUUUUGUAAAAUUGAUCAGUCUCUUCUAUAAAACCGUCGGUCCCCAUUAGGAAACACCACUACCCAUAACCCCUCCAGUGAAACUGUCCAUUCCUCUCUUAAUUCCAAAUCAAACCAGCCUCUCCCUCUGGCCUUGACUGUUAAGAACAGCCUCGGCUGUUCCCCUUCUCCCAAUAAAGGCCCUUCUCUCUGGGCAGUGCAGACUGAUUUCUUUAGGGUUAUCUUCGUUUGGGGGUGGGGC